AAUUAAACUAAUAAAUCCUACGGUACCCACCAAACGAUAACCAUAAUGAAGUAUAUGAAUUGUCUUGUAGCGAAAAUAUCGCAAGCAGCUCCACUAGUCACAUUAUCCACUUGCAUCCUCAUAUCGUUAUAUACCCUUGCAGGCAAAGCCAAUAAUGAUAUGUGGGCCCUCGCACCCCCUGAAAGCAGUCAAAAAAACCAAUAAAGUGUGGAAUGGUUCUGGAAAAUGGCAAUUAGAAAUCCUAGGAAGAGAUAAUUUUUUCACAAAUUAACUGGAAGAAAGCAUGAGCAUGGUUUUCAGUCCAUUUUUGCUACCCAAUUUCAGUCCUUUGUCCACGGCUAGUGCUAAACACAUAGAUUCUUCUUCUCUACCCUCUUUCAGUUUCUUGCAGCUCUACAAAACUAACAGCAACAAGAGAGAAUUCCCAGUUGCAAAAGUGGCUUCAAUCCCAUACCAACCCAUCAAUGUGGACUACUUGGAAGAAGAGUUCAGUGGCCAUGGAGUGAUAUUCAAAGGAAUUGGUGACAGCUGUGUGGCCAAGAUGGAACUGGAGAAUGGUAGUAAAGCCAUCAUGAUGCUGCCAAGCGGCUUAAUCACUUCCUACAAGGCUUCCAUGUGGCACGGCGGCACGGUUGAAUUGCUGCAGGCUUCAGUCUCUGAGUCAGAGGAGAAGAAUGAAUCUGCUGCAGCUGCUGCUGGUGUUGCCAUUCAAGGAGGGGUGUCUUUAGCCUUUGAUUGUGUAAGUGAGGAUGAACAAGUUUCAUGGUCUCCAACUAAUUGGGCUCUUCAUGACAUUAGAGGAAAUCCUCAGCAAGAGAUUCAGGUACAACUGAUUAGCACUGAUUCAGAGGACAAGGUUGAAAUCAAAUACAUUAUCACCCUGAAAGAAGACGUCUUGGUCUCAGAGCUUGUGAUCUCUAACUCUAAAUCUUCAUCCCUCCAACUAACUGGGUCUAUUUUAAGUCAUCUGACAGUGAGCUCACCAGAUGCAACUUAUGCAGUUGGUUUGGAAAGAUCAGAUUUCUUUAGCAGGUUGCCCAUUUUGUCAAGUUUCGGGAUAAUCCCUCCCGACUUUGGCCUAAAAAAUGAAUCUCAGAUCAGCAAACUAUGGCAGCAAAUUUCACAAAAAGCAUUUAUGCCUGGCUGGGGUCCAAAGACUCAAAACGAUGAUGGCAAUGAAGCAGAUAGAAACCAAAGAGAAAAUGAAGAAGAAAUGGAGGGUGAAGAAGAUGACAACUACAAGCAUUUAAGAGACCAAAUGAGUCGAAUAUACACCAGCGCGCCUACCGACUUCACAAUCAUUGACAGGGGUAGAAGAAACUCUGUCAUAGUCGGAAGAGAUGGGUUUGAUGAACUAUACAUGUUCAGUCCUGGCUCAAGUCAUGAAGACUAUGGCAAGUAUUCUUAUAUAUGCAUCGGCCAAUCGGCGGUUCUCAAGCCAGUAAUCGUGGGUCCUAAUGAAUCAUGGAGGGGUGGACAGCGCUUAUACAACCCAAAUCUUUAAGUUUUCAUAGCAUGACUCUGCUCUCAUCUCUUAAGCCUUGGUGUAACAACAGACAGAAUAUAACUUUCAUGUUAUGAGAUUGUGUACAGAAGAUAAAGCAGCUCUUGAUUAUGUUGAUGCGAAAUUGUUCCAA